CUUUCUGCUUUUCACAAACUCUGUCACUUCAAAGUGGUAGGUUCCAUGACUAAUGCUACUAGCUCUACAUAACUCAAACUCUUUCUUUCUUCCUCAAUUUUCCUUCCCAUUUUCCGACUUCCAAACACUAUUUGCAACAACCAUUCUCAGUUUGCCAAACGGGGAAAGAAACUAGAUAAUGGACUCCAGAGAAAAGCAGCCACCACUGCCAUCGCAAAUACAACGGCAUCCACAACAACAUCAACAACACCACCAGACGCAACCAAACAUGUUACUUGGUGGUCCUCCCUCUUCCUACACCAACAGCACCGCUGCUGGUCAUCCCGCUAUGGGUAUGAUCAACCCGAACAUCCCUCCCACUGCUGCAGCUGGUUUCCCCUUUAAUUCAGUGGGCCCGCCUCCCCCACGGUCCAAGUCGCCUUCUUCCGAUGGUAGUUUUGAUGGAUCGUCACCUCCUUCUUCCACAGGGAUGAGGUUUAGUAUGGAGCCAGCGAAGAAGAAGAGGGGGAGGCCCAGAAAGUACACCCCAGAUGGCAACAUUGCCUUGGGGGUGUCGCCAACCCCGAUUCCAUCUCCGCCGAACUCGUUGGUCCAUGCUGAUCCUGGAGGUGGCACCCCUGGCGUGGCCUCUGAGCCUCCUUCUAAGCGGAAUAGAGGGAGACCGCCAGGGUCAGGCAAGAGGCAACUUGAUGCAUUAGGAGGGGUUGGAGGAGUUGGAUUUACACCUCAUGUGAUUACAGUGAAAGCAGGGGAGGACAUAGCAUCAAAGAUUAUGGCUUUCUCACAGCAAGGGCCGCGAACAGUUUGUAUUCUGUCUGCGAAUGGUGCUAUUUGUAAUGUUACGCUUCGUCAGCCAGCAAUGUCUGGUGGUACUAUGACAUAUGUGGUGUCUGGAGCACUGGCAAAGACAAGUGCAUAUGGGAAGUUCUAAUGUGUUAGAAAUUAUAAAUGGUCUAACAUAAGGGGAAUGGAUGAAGAGGAAGAAGCAUCAGCUUGGGCAUGUUCCAAACAUUGUUUACUGUUGGUGCUAUGUCUUUUGCACGUUUUAAUCCACAUGAAAUUUGCCUUGCCAAUCUAGCUUGAGACCAACUUAUGUAUCUAUUAUUUUAUUCCCUUGCAAUCUAGUAUGCAUAUUGCCUAUGCUGAACUAUUUUUAUUUGUUAUUUCCUGUGUAGUGUCCAUGUGUUAUUAUGAAUUGUUUAAUAUUUUUAUAUUCAAUUAUUAAUACUUACAAAUUGGAACAAUGUCCAAAUAUUUUAUAUUCAUUUUAAUAAAUGUAUCUGGCAUCCCUUUGGUUAA